GCAACAUGUCAGUGAACCAUGGAGAGCCUCCGAUGCCAUGGAAGCAGCUACUCGGUCGACGGUCACUGUCGUCACCCUCUCUGGAGAACCGGUCACUCUCGCGGUGCCCUUGUCGAGUCGGGUGGCAGAUGCACGGGCCAUGAUCGUGGAAAGGGGACACCUGCGGGCUCGACGCGGGCAGUUGGUGCUUGGAGACAGGACUUUGGAAGAUGGCGCAGAGAUCGAGAAGUUACCGAGUGGAGUUGACUGGCAGCUGGUUUAUGGGGAGACUAGCCGAGAGGAGUGCUACAAGGCGGCAGUAGAGGCUGAAGCUUGGGGCUGCUAUAAGGAAGCCGUAGCCCACCUUGAACAGCUCGGGCGGUCUGGGGAGCCUUCAAGCUUGACACGGGAGGAACGCGAUUGUUGGGCCCGAAAUGGCAAAAGAGUCCUGCAAGGCCUGCGGGAUGCCAUCCAGGCGGCUGCUGAUGCAGAUCGGCCAGCUCUUUCAGAUGAUUUGGAGAGAGUUUGCGCUCAGCUCUUGGAGUUCUGUCAUCUUCAGUCCACUUCUGCCAGCGCUGAAGACUUGGUGUGCUACAACCGCUUCAGUGGUGACAUGUACCGCUAUUUGGCCACCACGGGGUGCUCCAAGCUCUCCGCCCAGCGGGUGCGCUUGGCCGAAGAGGCCUAUAAGACGGCCUCGGCAUCGACAGAGGCCAGCGACUGCAUGGAAGUGAUGAGCAUUGAGCCCCUUGAACCCGGUGCGUUUGUCCUUGGCCCUGAACUUCUCAGUCUUCCUUCAUGAGGUGCUCCAGGACCACGACCAAGCUCUGCAAAUCGCCCGAGAGUCCUUUGACGAUGCGAUCUCCUUCAACCUGGGGCGAGGAGAAGAUUGGGAGCUGGAAGGCUAUGACAAGGGGGCGGUCAGCCAACUUCUCCAACUCUUGCGCGACAACCUGACCCUGUGGAGUGAAGCUGUGGGAGGGAGCUGAGCAUGGCGAGCUCGCACCGGCCAAGGAGUGAGCCAUGCUGCGCCUGGUUUGCAGCCUCCCUCGCGAUGGCCUUCGCUCUCACUGUGCGUGUGCUCCGUGCCAGUGCCACAUGAGCUGAGAAAGAGGACGCUGGAAAUUGCCCUGCAAGCGC